AUGAUUGUACACACGCUGAGACUGUACCAGCCCAAGGUUGAAAUUAUGCAGAAUGGUCACUUCGUCUCCCGCUGCAGCGACUUCAUUAUUUACAGUGUUGAAGCAAAGAACAUUGAUGCUGUCGUGAAGGCUUUUGGACCAUUUGGCGGUCAAACAUCAUGUAAAGCGCCGGAGAUGGAGGCUUUUGAGCGUCACCUGCCCAAGGACGUUAGCAUAGUCUCUGUUCACUCGCUCCAUGGACCUGGCAUCGACCCCAAGGGACAGCCCCUGGUACUCAUCAAGUAUCGCUCCUCAGACUCUGACUUCGGGUUCGUGGAGGACGUCAUGUCCUGUCUCAAGUCGAAGCACGUCUACCUCACGGCAGAACAACACGAUCGCAUCACAGCAGAUACACAGGCUGUCACCCAUGCUGCUUUCCUUAGCAUGGGGGGAGCUUGGUUCGCCAACAAUCAAUUUCCGUGGGAAACAUCUCGCUACGUCGGUGGCAUCGAAAACGUCAAGAUGAACAUCACUUUGCGUAUUUACUCGAACAAGUGGCAUGUCUACGCUGGGCUCGCAAUUUUGAAUCCCGAUGCAAAGAAGCAGAUUAAGCAGUACGCCGAGUCUGUCACUGAACUUUUCAAGCUUAUGCUAGCUGGACAGCGUGACGAGCUACGGGAGCGAGUGCACACUGCGCGAAAGGCAGUCUUUGGAGACAAUAACGACGGUAAGAAGCUGCUCCUUCGAGAUGACUUGCUCGAUCAAUUCGCCCUAGGCACGAUACCAGAGAAGAGGUUGAAGAACAACCACUUGAGCUUACUUGCCAUGGCCGAUUGCUGGUGGAAGCUUGGUAUAGUGCCAUACGAUCAUAUGAUCUGCUCGACGCCGCCGUCGCGCGUCUGGCUAGGUAUCACGGAGUACCUCUUCUGUAACCCCACUCUCCUCGAGGAAGCCAUCGACGCGGCGAUCGAUGACAACACUUUUCGUGCCGAUGAUCUAGAAUUCACCUUUGCAGCCAGGGACUGGAGCUCGCGUGUCAGUCUGGGUAACUUUGAUGGUUAUCGCGAGAAGUUUGAGAAGAUUCAGGAGUACUUUAAGCCACGAUUUCCAGAGGCGACCAAGUUGGGUAAUGAGAUGAUCAAGGUGAUUUUGCAAAAAACGCAGGAUGCCUGA